AUGUCCCCGGGGAAGCCCGGGGCGGGCGGAGCGGCGACGAGGCGGACGGGCUGGCGGAGGCGGAGGCGGAGGCGGCGGCAGGAGGAGGCGAUCACGGUGCCCGGGCUCCGCCGCACGGCGGGGCCCGAUCCGCGCGUUCCGGGCACGAUCCAGGGCGCGCGGGGCAUGAAGCCUGCGGCGCGGGAGGCGCGGCUGCCUCAGCGAUCGCCGGGGCUGCGUUGGGCGCUGCCGCUGCUGCUGCUGCUGUUGCGCCAGGACCAGAUGGUGUGCGCAGGUGACUGCUUCAGCUGUGUUUCACUCGAGUUCAAUUCUUCAGCCACUGAGAUUCAUUUCAGUGAAGUACCAGAAAAUGUUUCGUUAGUAAAUGUAACUGAUUUGAGUGGCCAGGUUCUCCAGAGUUCCCCACCUGACUCCAGUGGGACUAUUUCACUUAGGGGGCUCACUCCUGGGACACAGUAUCAUUUCAGCUUUUUAAAUGGCUCCAGUACCUGCUGUCAACAAGUGGAAACAAAACCCAAUCCUGUAUUUGACAUUGAAGCUGUUUCCAUUGGUCCAACAAAUGUGACCCUAACCUGGAGAAACAAUGACACAGCUGCUUCUGAGUACGUGUAUAAAGUAAAGAAUGAGAUGGAACAUUGGCCGGAGAUUCCUGUUGUAAAUCAAAGCAGGUGCACCGUCACAGGCCUAAGUCCAGUGACCUCGUAUACGUUCUCCGUCACUCCAGGAACAGGCAGUGGGACUUGGGGAGAUCCCACGGCCAUAAACGUCACGACAGAGCCUAGUCCAGUUUCUGGUCUUCGUGUUGCCUUCAUUGGUAUGAGGAAGGUUGCUCUUUCCUGGAGCAAUGACAAUGGCACUGCCUCCUGCCGGAUGCUUCUUAAAGGCCGUGAGAAGUCGACUCAACACUUAGCAGUCAAUAUUUCAUGCCUGAAGCCAGGGGUUCAAUACAACAUCACCCUGUAUCUUCCAGAAUCAAAUGAGACAGAAAGCGGCUUGGAUGCCAGCAGCACAGAGAGAGGCCUGGCAGAGAGCUGGCCCCAGCCGUGCAGCAGCCCCGGCGCCCCUGAGCAUGAUGAGAGCCUCCUCGGGCACGCGGACCCGUCCUCUGGCCAGCAGUCCCGAGACACGCACGUCCUGCUUGCCGGGUUAAAGCCUGGCACUCAGUACGAGGCCAUUGUUUAUUCUCAAGCAGCAGAUGGCACAGAAGGACAGCCUGAGAACGUACCAUUCAGGACAAAUGCUAGUGGGGUUUUUGACCUCACAGUUGUGAACGUCAGUGCCACAAGCAUGACCCUGACCUGGAAAAUCAGUGAUGAUGAGUCAUCCUCCGUCUAUACCUAUGAGAUACACGUGGUUGGGGAGGACAAGUCCUUCUAUCUCAAUGAGACCGUCAGUGAGACACAUGCUGUCAUCUCUGGACUCAGCUCGAGCACCUUCUACAACGUCACGGUGCGUGCUGUCCUAGGCGACGCCGAGGGCACGCCGGGCUUCCUCCAAGUGUGCACCCCCCCUGGUCCAGUUUCUGACUUUCAAGUGACCAUGGUUGGCACAAGGGAAAUUGGCUUGGCUUGGAGCAGCAAUGACGCUCAUUCCUUCAAGAUAAACACCACACAGGAUGGAGCUGGAACAUCUUGGGUGCAAACAACCACCAACCAAAGUAUUAUCAUUGAUGGCUUGUACCCUGGAACCAAAUAUCGUUUUGAAAUAUUUCCACAAGGACCAAAUGGGACUGAAGGGGCAUCUCAAACAAUUUACAACAGAACUGCCCCCAGUGCAGUGUUCGACAUCCGCACGGUCGGAGUUACCACCACCGAGAUGCGGCUGGAGUGGGAGAGUGAAGACAGCGCCUCUGAGUACGUCUACCAUGUGGUCGUACAAUCCGCACACGGCUCCAACCGCACGAGCACGUCCCACAAAGCGGUCCCUCUCCAGGGCCUGAUCCCGGGCACGUUGUAUAACAUCACAAUCUCUCCUGAGGUGGACCAUGUCCAGGGGGACGCCAGCUCCAUUGCACAGUACACACGGCCCAGCGAAGUGUCCAGCAUUGAAAUACACAGCAACACCACAGCAGCAGCCUUCAGGUGGAAUAACUCUGAUGAAGCCUCUGCCACGUACUCCUACCGCCUUCUUAUCCAGCAGGUUGGAAAUUCCAGCAGUGCCAAACAAGUAGACUCGGGCAUUGGAGUCACUUACGCUGCAGUCCCAGAAUUAACACCUGGCUCAUCUUACAACGUGGAGAUCUUUGCACGAGUGGGGGAUGUUACUGAGUCACUGACACCUGGGAGGGCGUCAUUCUGUACAGAUCCCGCAUCCGUGGCCUCCUUCCAUUGUGACGUGGUCCCCAAGGAGCCAGCCUUGGCUCUCAGAUGGGCCUGCCCUCCUGGCGCCAAUGCAGGCUUCAAACUGCAGGUCAGCAGCGGGGCCUGGGACAACACAACACACCUGGAGAACUGCUCCUCCGAGAAUGGCACCGAGUACAGGACGGAAGUCACAUAUUUGAAUUUUUCUACCUCGUACAACAUCAGCAUCACCACUGUGUCCUGUGAAAAGAUGGCAUUUCCUGCCCAAAACACCUGUAUCACUGGCAUCACAGACCCCCCUCCUCCAGAUGGAUCCCCUAAUAUUACAUCUGUCAGCCACAAUUCAGUAAGGGUCAAGUUCAGUGGAUUUGAAGCCAGCCAUGGACCCAUCAAAGCCUACGCUGUCAUUCUCACCACUGGGGAAGCUGGUCACCCUUCCGCAGACGUCUUGAAAUAUACAUAUGAAGAUUUCAAAAAGGGAACCUCAGACACUUAUGUGACAUACCUCAUCAGAAUAGAAGAAAAAGGACGUUCUCAGGGCUCGUCUGAAGUCUCGAAAUACGAAAUUGACGUUGGGAAUGAGUCGACCACACUUGGCUAUUACAACGGGAAGCUGGAACCUCUGGGCUCCUACCGGGCUUGUGUGGCUGGAUUCACCAACAUCACCUUUCACCCUCAAAACAGUGGGCUCAUCAAUGGGGCUGAGAGCUACGUGUCCUUCAGUCGCUACUCAGAUGCCGUUUUCUUGCCCCAGGAUCCAGGUGUCAUCUGUGGAGCGGUGUUUGGAUGUAUCUUCGGUGCCCUGGUUAUUGUGGCCGUGGGAGGCUUCAUCUUCUGGAGAAAGAAAAGGAAAGAUGCGAAGAACAAUGAAGUGUCCUUUUCUCAAAUUAAACCUAAAAAAUCCAAGUUAAUCAGAGUGGAGAAUUUCGAGGCCUACUUUAAGAAACAGCAAGCUGACUCCAACUGUGGGUUCGCAGAGGAAUAUGAGGAUCUGAAGCUUGUUGGAAUUAGUCAACCUAAAUAUGCGGCUGAACUGGCUGAGAAUAGAGGAAAGAAUCGCUACAAUAAUGUCCUGCCCUAUGAUAUUUCCCGUGUCAAACUUUCCAUCCAGACCCAUUCAGCUGAUGACUACAUCAAUGCCAACUACAUGCCUGGCUACCACUCCAAGAAAGAUUUUAUUGCCACACAAGGACCUUUACCCAACACUUUAAAAGAUUUUUGGCGUAUGGUUUGGGAGAAAAAUGUAUAUGCCAUUAUUAUGUUGACCAAAUGUGUUGAACAAGGAAGGACCAAAUGUGAGGAAUACUGGCCCUCCAAGCAAGCUCAGGACUAUGGGGACAUAACUGUGGCAAUGACGUCAGAAGUUGUUCUUCCAGAAUGGACCAUCAGAGAUUUCACAGUGAAAAGUAUCCCAACAAGUGAAAGUCACCCCCUGCGACAGUUCCAUUUCACCUCCUGGCCAGACCACGGUGUUCCCGACACCACUGACCUGCUCAUCAACUUUCGGUACCUCGUUCGUGACUACAUGAAGCAGAGUCCUCCUGAAUCGCCAAUUCUGGUGCAUUGCAGUGCUGGGGUUGGAAGGACGGGCACUUUCAUUGCCAUUGAUCGUCUUAUCUACCAGAUAGAGAAUGAGAACACUGUGGACGUGUAUGGGAUCGUUUAUGACCUUCGAAUGCACAGGCCUUUAAUGGUGCAGACAGAGGACCAGUAUGUUUUCCUCAAUCAGUGUGUUUUGGAUAUUGUCAGAUCCCAGAAAGACUCCAAAGUAGAUCUCAUCUACCAGAACACAACCGCAAUGACAAUCUAUGAAAACCUCGCGCCUGUGACCACGUUUGGAAAGACAAAUGGUUACAUCGCCUAAUUCCAAAGGAAAACCUUUCUGGAGUUCACCAGACCGUCACACCCACAGCAAAGGAGCAUGCCCCGAUGUUGACAUGUUUUUAUAUGUCUAGUAUCUUCAUUCUUUGUGCUGUUUCCUUAGAACUAAUUUUGAGGGUGUGACGCGGCACAUGUAAAACAUGACAAGGAGAAACUGGGGCUGCCGGGGGCUGUGGCUGGCUCGUGAGCAAAUCAACUGCAUUCCUGACUACCGGUGGGAUGAGUUCACUUUUUUUUUUUUUUUUUUUUUUUUUGAGAGUUGUGGAAAACCAGGAAAAGUGAGCUAUGAUUUUCUUUUUCUUUUUCAAAACAGGUUCUUUUUUUUUAAAAAAAGACUAUUUUAUAUGAUUCACAUGCUAAAGCCAGGAUUGUGUUGGGUUGAAUAUAUUUUAAGUAUCAGAAGUCUAUUUUUACCUACUGUAUCUUGGGAUCUAGCUGAUGGAAAAUACCUAAUUGCGGAUGAUUAUCGUGGAGGGAGGGGUAUGUGGCGCCUCUUCCGAGUGGGUUUUCUAUUUGAACAUGUGCCUUUUCUGAAUUAUGCUUCCACAGGCAAAACUCAGUAGAUGUCUCUAUUUUUGUAUUGAAUCUCAUAAUUGGAAUAUAUGGAAUAUUUAAGCAGUAGCUUAGCAUCAGAGGUUUGCCUUCUCAGUAACAUUCCUGUUCUCAUUUGAUUAGAGGAGGCCUCUUUGCCCCCGAAUCCACUUCUCCCACCCCCUAUACAUUUGUGCUCCACUUUUUCUUCCUUUUUCCCUCCCAGUUUUCUCCAAAGACUCUUCUGUUGGCAACAUUUUCUGCCCAUUGGUUGGGUGAGAAGGGAGACUGAACGUCACCUUGAGAAUUUCUGUGGGUGGGAGUGGGAGAAGCAGAGGGAUCCUAUGGUAACAUAAAUCCUUUUCUCGUCCUCGUUUCAUCCUUUUUCUCAUUUCUGUAUUUGGUAAGAAGGAUUAUUUAAAGGUGCAAUAUGUGACUUAGUGAUUCAUGAUGCUCUAGGUUUUUAGUAACGUUUUACUCAGGUUGGCAUUUUAUGUGUAUCUGUGUGUGUGUGUGUGUGUGUGUGUGUGUGUGAGUUUAACAGCGUGGCAAUCUGUGAACACUUCAGUGUGAAUUCAGUGUCAGAUUAAUCCCUCUUCCCCCAAAGUCCACUGGCUUUAGUCUCUAUCUGCAGUGACACAUAUCGGAAUCUACUGUGUAUAUAUAUAUAUAUAUACUAAACUCUCCAAAACAGUCAUUCCUAUGAAUCGAGGUGUACAAAGUUUGAAUUUGUAUCAAAGAUGUAAUUAUUAUUUUUAAAACCUCUUUUCACUAUACUGCUGCUGUAAUUACUUUGAUUUUUUUUUUAAAUGUAGGUUAAUUUUUUUUUUUUUUUUGCUUCAGGUGUGUAUCCACCAAGCAUUUCAGAAUUUAUGUGUGUUUAUUUUAUUGGUACAUAAUCUGUAAACUUCUCAAGGCAUUAACAUGAAAGGAUUUGUUUCUUUUUAUUUUAUAUUGUGGCUCAGGUUAUAUUCUGAAGAAGUUUUGACUUUAUCCUCCAAUAGACAAUGAAGUGUACAAGGUUUUAUGAAGGAAUAACCAAGUCCCUGGAGUCCUGUGGCCGUUUUCCACAGUAACGCAGCCUGCUGUAAACAGGACACGCGUGUCCUCUUGGAAUGGGAAUGAGGUCUCUCCCAGGGCCCUGGUCGCUGUUGACCUCUGUCUGGGGGCCUGUCUCCCGCACUGCCACGCGCCUCACCUCACCGGCACUUUGAUAACCGACUGGACGUGUUAAUGGGUAUUUUAGGUUAUAAGGGGUGAACCACGACGUACUUAGAGCCCUUGAUGUGGUUCCAAGGUGUAGUGCUGUAUGUCUUUUGUCCCCCCUUCCCUUUGAGGUACUGAGAGGAUUAAAAUAAGGGGUCAUGGUGGUGGCACGUUUUGGGGAGAAUCUUACUUCUCCACUGGAAAUUGCACUUUUUGCUGAAUCCUUUGCAUUUUUUAGGAGCACACAGUUUGUUUAGUAUCAGGUCCUUAAUGGAAUGGGUUGGCCAGGCCAGGUUGGGUCCUCUUGACCUAACUUCAGAGGGGACUUGGCUCUGUAGGCGUGAAUUAGGGAAGCCAUGCUGUCCCGGGGUGUUGAGGGAAGCUGGGUUUGGGCGAUUGCUUCCUUGCAGACCACACCUUCCCGCAGGUCUGCCCCCAGCUCGUGGGGAUCUCAGAGAGGCCCAUAACUCCUUUCAGAGGUCCCUGUCCGGGCAGCAGUUCUGUGGGCCAUGCCGCUGUCCCCUCUUACUUGGCCAAAACCAUCAUGGUGAGUGUCUAGGUAGAUCCCACAUAGAUCCUAAGCCCUGCCCUGCCCACAUUGCUGCCAUGGAGAAGUCAGAGGAAGGGACUUGUCCCUAAAAAAUCCUUUAAUAGAUUAGAGUCCUUUAAAAGAUUAAAGCAACAUAAUUGUAAACAUAUUGUAUAAAAAUGCAAAGCACAGCAGCCCUCCUCCCUUCCGGCCCGUACGGGCUUGGGAAACGGGCAGGAGCCCCAGCUGUCCUGGGAGGAAGUCUUGUCCGGGAGAGGUCUGGGCUUCCAAAUGGGCAGGUCACACGAAGGUCACGAUGCUUCCCUGCGUCCUGAAGAGGAUGGGGCCAGGGCUGUGGGGGUGGUGAGGGUAUUUAUAGCACAGUGCUUGAAAAGGGAUUAGUGUGUAAAUAUAAAGGACACACAGGCUGGGGUUGUUCAGAGGCAAGAGGAAGGUGCUUCUGAGCUCCUGCAGACGCUCCCAGCAACAGUGAACUAAAAUUUGGAGAGUCCAGUGGAAUCGGGGGUGGUGUGAGCCCCCUGCUCAGUCUUUGGGGGUGUACGGAAAAGGAGCCGGUGUGGCUGGCUGUCAGUGGAAGGGCCAAAGAAGGGUGGCCAGCUGGUUUGGGGGAUUUGGGCCAUUGGUAUCUUCUCCCAAGAACAAGGACCUUUUGCCUCCAGCAUUGAAUCUGAUGAUGAUGGGCACCAGUAGGAAGUGGCACUUGGUGUCUGUUCACUGUGGCCACACUGUGACCUCCAGCCAGACUUUGGCCUGAUCGACUUCACUGGAUUUGUGCUUUAUUGAGUCGGAGGCUCCCGGGGUGGCGGUGGGGGUCACCUUCACGGCUGAUCAUGUUUGUUUUUCACCUGGGAUGCAAAAGCCUGGUUUUCUUUUAAGUGCUUGAUUGUGCUUAUUGAGCUAAUAAAUAAGUCUCAGUGACUGAUGUUAAUUUGCCUCCAAAGUCCAAGUGCUGGGUUUUCAGACUACUGUGUAGCGGUUGUGUGUUUAACAUACUGUAGCUUUUUCUCCCUGGGGGCACAUAUGAAUAGGAUGUGUUGAUGUGGACUCUAAACUGUAAUUUUCUUGUAACUAUUUUGGAAUGAUGCAUAUUUCUAAUGUUUGUUAUACUUGUACAGAGUAUUGCUGUUGGUUGCUUUUUUUUUUUUUUUUAGGGAAAAAAUGGCCUGAAAAAAAAUUUUUUUAAAGACUUACAAAUACCAAAUAUAAAAAAUGUCAAUGCA